AAUUUGUAUAUAGAGAUAGAGUAGUAACAAAAACAAAAACUAGCUAGCUUGCAGGGUCUUCUUCUUCACCUCUAUCUUGAUCAGUUGAUUUCUAGCUAGCUCAGACACUCCAAAGGCAAUGGCUCUUCCUCUUAUUAUUUGCUCGAUAUUGUUCUCAAGCUUGUUUCCAUUUCCAUGCCAUGCGAUCACGGACACGCUCACAGCUUCAGACUCGUUGAGAGACAACCAAACUCUGGUUUCUGCCGGCGGAGUUUUCGUCCUCGGCUUCUUCAUCGAUAGCUCUUCAGGUAAUCACUAUUUAGGUAUCUGGUUGAGAGCUGAUUCAGAGAGAGUUGUUUGGGUUGCCUACCGUGAAAUACCUAUAGUGGAUUCUUCCGGCGUGCUUCAAAUCCGGUCAGGGAAUCUGGUUAUAUCCGACCGGCGACAACUGCAGCUCAUAGUUAACUCGGGAAACGUUGCCACCACCACCAACACGAGUGCAACACUUCUUGAUACCGGAAACCUUGUGCUUAAGGAUGAAGAUACUGGUAACAUUACAUGGCAAAGUUUCGAUGUACCAACUGAUACAUAUCUUCCGGGGAUGAAAAUUGGGUUGUUUGGCCUAAACACAACAACACAACAAAGCUUUCAGAUUCUCACUUCCUGGGCAAGCCCCCAAAACCCUAGUCGUGGCCUCUUCACCUUAUCAGUGGACAGAAUCGACUUCACUAAAAUUGAUGUCUGGCGAGGAGAUGGACUCCAAAUGCAUAUAGCUUUCUGGGACGGACAUGAUCUCCGGUUCAUUUUCGAGAACACAACCGCAAACAAUGAGUUCAACUUUAUCUACAAGUCCAUUAAUGGAAGUGAAGCAUACUACAGUUUUAGCCACAGCAAGAAGUAUGACCUCAUGUGGUUUGUAAUGGCUUCAACAGGAAACCUGGACCAGUACUUCAUGGUGAAUGGGAAGAUUAGUUCUAUAAGUCAUGCUCUGUGUGAAGAUUCGAGUGGUGGUAACACUGGAAAAUGCUUGACUUCUCUACCGCCUAUGUGUGGUAAUACGUUUAACGAGAAGAAUGGUUCGUUGCCAUCGACGGUUAAGGUGGAAUCAAUUGAUAUAGGCCCUAGUGAUUGUGAGACGUUGUGCAAGAGCAAUUGUUCUUGUAGUGCUUAUGUUUCAUUUCAGAGUGAUCUACCGGUUUGUCAUCUUUAUUAUGGGAGUCAACAGGAGUUGAUGAAGAUCAUGGAGAAAGGGGGAGGAACUAUUUACUUCCGUGGUUCUGCAAAUACAAGUGGUGGUAAGAAGUGGAAAAGGUGGUUGACUGUCAUGCUCCCGGUGGUGUUCCUCUCGGCUCUUAUAUCAAUCUCCUUAUUCUGCUAUCUUCGUUGGAGAAGAGGACCUAAAGGAAGUAGGCGAGAAGGGAUUGUCAUUUCGGAUGAAGUGAGAUUGUUCCAGAUUGGCUCCACUAAUGCGUCACCAAUUCAGUUUGAUCCAGCUAGGGUUGCAAAUAUGAUGGAGUUAAGCAGAUCACAGAAGGAUCAAGAACUUCCAUUCUUUACUUUCUCUGCCUUACAAACUGCAACAGAUGACUUUGCAAAGGCUAAUAAACUCGGGGAAGGUGGAUUCGGGCCUGUCUACAAGGGGAAGCUAUUAGAAGGACAAGAUAUUGCAGUGAAAAGGUUGUCCGAGUUGUCAAGGCAAGGGUUGGAGGAGUUCAAAAACGAGGUCCUAGUCAUUUGUAAGCUCCAACACAGGAACCUGGUUAGGAUUUUGGGGUGCUGCAUUGAAGGAGAAGAAAGUAUACUAGUCUACGAGUACAUGCCCAACAAAAGCUUAGAUUCCUUCAUUUUUGAUUCUGUCAAACGGGCGCUUUUGGAUUGGAAAAAGCGCAUGAACAUUAUAGAAGGGAUUGCUCAAGGUCUUCUAUAUCUUCACAAGUACUCCAGAUUACGAAUCAUUCACCGCGAUCUAAAGACAAGCAAUAUUCUGCUGGACAGUGACAUGAACCCGAAAAUUUCUGAUUUUGGCAUGGCAAGGAUUUUCGCGGACAAUGUCACUAGAGGAAAAACAAACCGGGUUGUUGGUACAUUUGGUUACAUGUCUCCGGAAUAUGCCAUGGGCGGCCUAUUUUCUGAAAAAUCAGAUGUGUUUAGCUUUGGGGUGAUCGUAUUAGAGAUCAUUAGUGGGAAGAAGAACAUUCCAUUUUUUGAGUCUGAUCAAGCUAGUCUAAACUUACUCGCCAACGCCUGGAAUUUAUGGAAUGAAGGCAAGAGCAUGGAGUUGGUAGAUUCAGCGUUGGUUGCAUCAUGUUCAAGCAGUGAAGUUAUGAGGUGCAUUCAGAUGGGUCUUCUGUGCGUGCAAGAAAGAGCCAUGGAUCGACCAAACAUGUCGGACGUGGCUUCGAUGCUAAGCAAUCAAUCAAUUCCUCUGCCUCUUCCUAAAGAACCUGCAUUUUGGAGCCAGCUAAGUUCUACUGAUGCAGAUUCAUCUUCAAGCAGGCAAAGACAUUACUCUACAAUUGACUCAACUCUAACUAUUUCAGAAGUGCAUGCAAGCUUCUUUUUAUCUUCAUCUCUUGCAACGGACACACUAACACCUGAAGGCACACUGUCAGUCAAUCAAACCCUGGUUUCAGCUGGUGAUAUUUUUGAGCUUGGCUUCUUCAAGAGUAACUUUUCAGGUGGUUACUAUCUGGGAAUUUGGUUCAAAGCUGAUGCAAACAAGGUUGUUUGGGUUGGUAACCGCCAAAUUCCCAUAUUGGACACUUCAGCAAGUCUUCAAAUACUAUCUGGGAAUCUGGUUCUUACAGACCGGCAUCAAAAGCCUUUACUUGUUAGUACAGGAAAUGUUGCCAUGGCCAUAAAUACAACCGCAGUACUUCUUGACUCUGGGAAUUUUAUCCUUAAAGAAGCAAAUACAGGUACUAUGUUAUGGCAAAGUUUUGAUGUUCCUACUGAUACUUAUCUUCCUGGUAUGAAACUCGGUUGGUAUCAGCUUAACAGUUACCAGCCAGUCUAUCACUUUUUUGUUUCUUGGGUGAACCCUCAAAAUCCUGCUACUGGAAACUUUACCUUAGCCAUGCACAGGAUCAACUUUACAAAGCUUAUGGUUUGGCAAGGAGAUAAUAAUCAAAUGGAUGUUGGGUUUUGGGAUGGACAUAAAGUGCAGUUUAUUUUUGAUAACUCAACAAGUGGAAAUGACUACAAUUUUAGUUACCACUCCAAUGCAGAUGAAGCCUACUUUACUUUUAGUGGCAAUAAAACUUAUGACCUCAUGUGGUUUGUGAUGUCCUCCACAGGAAAGCUAGAUCAGUAUUUUAUGGUAGAUGGGAAAAUUACUUCUGCGAGUAAUGCUGUGUGUGAUUCAACUGGGAGGUGCUUGAAUUCCCUACCAUCUAUAUGUACGAAUGGUGAUAGUUUUUUACAGGUGAAAGGUUCACUGCCUUCUACUUUUAAUAGUGGUUCUAUAAAUAUGGGGACUAGAGAUUGUGAAUCUUGGUGCCGGAGCAAUUGUUCUUGUACUGCAUUCGCCUCACCUGAUCAGAAUGAUCAAGUAUGUCAACUUUAUUAUGGGAGUAGACAUGAUUUAUUGAAGAUCAUAGAGAAGGAGGGAACAGCAGGAGUCAUAUACAUCCGCGGUGGUGCUCCAAGUGGUGGUAAGAAGUGGAAACUCGGGUUAGCUCUCAUGGUUUCUUUGGCUUCUCUCUUGGUUCUUGUUCCAGUUUCUUUAUGUUGCUAUCUGCAUUGGAGAAAGGGGCACAAAGAAAACUCAGUACCAGAUGGCAAUAUCAAUUUGGAACAAGCGAGUUUAUUCCACAUGGCUACUAAUGCGUCACCAGUUCAGCUGAAUGCAGUUAGAGGUGCAAAUAACAUGGAGUUGGGCAGGCAGAAGGAUCAAGAUCUUCCCUUGUUUAGUUUUUCUACAAUACAGACUGCAACAAAUUAUUUCGCGGAGUCUAAUAAACUCGGGGAAGGUGGAUAUGGGCCUGUUUAUAAGGGUAAGCUACUAGUAGAAAGGCAAGAAAUCGCAGUGAAAAGACUGUCCAAAAUUUCCCGCCAAGGGUCAGAGGAAUUCAAAAAUGAAGUCUCAGUGAUCUGUAAGCUUCAACACAGAAACUUGGUCAGGCUUUUGGGAUGCUGCAUUGACGCAGAAGAAAGUAUACUAAUUUACGAGUACAUGCCCAACAAAAGCCUGGACUUUUUCAUUUUUGAUUCAACCAAACGGUUACUUUUGGAUUGGAGAAAGUGCGUGAACAUUGUGGAAGGGAUUGCUCAAGGCCUUCUAUAUCUUCACAAAUACUCCCGAUUAAGGAUCAUUCAUCGUGAUUUAAAGACCAGUAAUAUCCUGUUGGACUGUGACAUGUACCCAAAGAUUUCUGAUUUUGGCAUGGCAAGGAUUUUCGGGGACAAUGACACUAGAGGCAAAACAAGCCGGGUUGUUGGUACAUUUGGUUACAUGUCACCGGAGUAUGCCAUGGAUGGUCUCUUUUCUGAAAAAUCUGAUGUGUUUAGCUUUGGGGUGAUCCUAUUAGAGAUUAUAAGUGGCAAGAAGAAUAUAGCCUUCUUCGAAACUGAUCAUUCGCUGAACUUACUAGGCAAAGCUUGGACUUUGUGGAAAGAAGGUAACGGGACGGAGUUGAUGGAUUCGACACUGCAUGCUUCUUGUUCAAACAGUGAAGCUAUCAGAUACAUACAGAUAGGUCUUCUGUGUGUCCAAGAAAGAGCUAUUGAUCGACCAACCAUGUCUGAUGUAGUUUCUCUGCUAAGCAAUCAGUCAUUUGCUCUGCCAAUUCCAAAAGAACCUGCAUUUCUGAGUCAGCUAAGUUCCACUAAUGCAGAUUCAUCUUCAAGUAGGCAAAGACGUUACUCUCAGAAUGAUAUAACCAUUUCAGAAGUGCAUGGCAGGUAGCAAAAGUUAAGACUUCACCUGGCUGAAGAGUUUGUAUUACUUUUACAAAAGUAACUAUUUACUAUUAUGAAA